AUGUGUAUUAGACGAACAUCUCCGCCCAUUUUCAUAUCAUACUUGGCUCUUUUCUCCCCAUUUUUCAUACCCAUUAUUAAUGGUGGGGACUUCAACUACAAAGAAGCUCUCACCAAGUCCAUUAUUUUCUUGGAGGCACAGAGGUCCGGAAAGCUUCCUCCAACCUCUAGGCUUGCAUGGAGAGGAAACUCGGCUCUUGACGACGGAAAACUCGCAAAUGUGGACCUUGUGGGUGGAUACUAUGAUGCGGGUGACAAUGUGAAGUUUGGGCUACCAAUGGCUUUCACUAUUACUACUUUAUCGUGGGCGGCUAUUUUUUAUGAAGCGGAGUUAGGAGCAAGUGAAGAGCUUGAGAAUGUCCGGGCCGCUAUCAAGUGGGGCACCGACUAUUUUCUCAAGGCAUCUUCUCAAAAAAAUCGGUUGUAUGUGCAGGUGGGAGACCCCGUGGAAGAUCACGAGUGUUGGAUUAGGCCAGAGAACAUGGAGACAAGGAGGAGUGUAUUAGUGGUGGAUGAGAACAGGCCUGGAACAGAGAUUGCAGCUGAAACUUCCGCAGCCAUGGCUUCUUCUUCCAUCGUCUUUAGAGGUUCUGAUCACCUCUACUCUCGCCGUCUCCUCAAUAAAGCCAAAAUGCUUUUCCAGUUUGCUACAUUAUUUAAUGGAAGCUACGAUGGAGCAUGCCCCUUCUAUUGCUCCUACUCGGGCUAUAAUGAUGAGUUACUAUGGGCAGCAUCAUGGCUAUACAUUGCCACAAAGAGGCCAAAGUACUUGCAGUAUAUAGAAGAAGAAUCCAUCAGUGAAAAUGUCAAUGAGUUCAGCUGGGAUCUUAAAUACGCUGGAGCCCAAAUCCUCUUAUCUAAGUUUUAUUUUGAAGGGGAGAAGAGUUUGGAGAAAUUCAAGAACCAAGCAGAUAGUUUUGUUUGCUCUGUGCUUCCCGAUAGUCCCUCUCACCACAUUCACAUCACCCCAGGCGGCAUGGUUCAUGUAAGAGAUGGUGCCAAUAGCCAAUAUGUUACAAGCACAGCUCUCUUGUUCAGCAUCUACAGUGAUCUACUUGCCCAAUUCAAUCAAAAUGUUACAUGCAAUAAUCAGCAAUUUUAUUCGACUCACCUCAUGGCCUUCGCGAAACAACAGAUGGAUUAUCUACUAGGAGAAAACCCAGAAGGAAGAUCGUACAUGGUGGGCUUCGGAAACAAUCCACCCACGCACGCACACCAUAGAGGGUCUUCAGUGCCAAAACUGCCUGAAAACUACACAGUAAACUGUGGAAUGAGCUUCGUCUACUGGUUCCAUAAAAAUGAACCAAACCCUAAUCUGCUCACCGGCGCCAUUGUUGGUGGCCCUGACCGCAACGACACCUUCCUUGACCUGCGUUGGCAAUCGCCCAUGACCGAGCCAUGCACCUAUGUCAACUCCCUUGCAGUCGGUGUUCUAGCAAAGUUAGCUGCUGCCCACACUCUUUAAGGAGGAUGUCACAUUUUUAUUCCUAUUAUAAAUUUGUUGGUUUU